CCACCACUGUCCGCCAUCGAACAAGUUCAUUCCAGGCACGAGACUGGGACUGAGGAGCAACGUCGCUCGACACCCCAAUCUGCAUCACGAUUGGGGGACCGCCGAACCGUUUCAUGACCAUUCGCCUCUCUGAAACAACCUAGCCUAAUUUAAAGGAGUUGCGACAGAUCGCACCACUGUCCGCCAUCGAACAAGUUCAUUCCAGGCACGAGACUGGGACUGAGGAGCAACGUUGUUUCAGUCGAUCACCUCCAUCCACCCUUUACCUUCUUCGUCGGCUCGAUCAACGCGUCUUCUCUUCGUACGUUGAGACACACCGGAGCGGGCCACUAUGGAUGGUGGCGCCGCUGGGGAACGGAGCCAAGGCGGGGCACAUGAACAACAAGAGGAAAGGAGUGACAGGAUAGACGAAAUGUUGGGAUCGUCUCCAGUGUGGGAGCCGCCAUCAACCGCUGCGCCCGUCACUCAGCGCGGAAGCGAUACAUCGCCUUCUUCUUCGCCUCCCGGGCCAGACUCAAGAUCAGUCAGGGAGGAGAGUUUGAGCUCUCAGGAUGGACUUGCACACGACUUUGAGGCCAUUAGCAUCGAACCGCAGCCGUCAGCACCAGCACAUAAAGAUUCAACAAACGCCGCUGACCAGGAUCUCUCAUCAACUCCGCACAUUUCGCCUUCUCUUCACCAAUUGCAGGAACCAUUUGAAGAGGGGCAAGCCGGUGAACGUCUGCCUAGGAGCCAAAGCGGCUCCAGCAUCGCCAGCUCUUCGCAUUCAUCCUACCUCGGAGGUUCCGGGAGGAGGGCGAAGCGGCAGGCCGACGCCACCUCGGGCGAAGGGGCAGCAGGACCGAGCGCUUGGAACAGGGGAUCCAGCCAAAUGGCUUCCAUUUCAUCACCGCCGCCGCAGAGUCCGAGCAAGUCCAAUCGGCCGCGAUCUUCGUCAUUCAACACGCCAUCCCCAUCCUCGUCCCGACCCCAGACAGCGGACGCCAUGUCGCCGCCCUCGUCUUCACUCAAGGAGAGGCCGCGCUCCUCUACGUGGAGAUCACCGAGCGCGGCCGUGUCCAGCAUCGACGAUGCACCGCAGACCACGCCUCGAAGCAGCUUCACGAUGCUGGCAAGGAGCGCUAGCCGGCGAAGUGUGUACUCGGCAUUCAACUUUGUCGACCACUCCGCAGAGCCCAUGCCUUCAUCGUCGACGUCAUCCAGAAUCAACCGCGACGAGCUCCCACCAAGCCCACCUAAGGAAAGGAGGAGGCUGUUCUCUCGCAGCCGGUCUAGCUUGCCCGUGUCAGACGGCUCGAAUGCGACUCGGACGUCGCCCAUGUUGCGAGCGCAGCCCGGAGGCAGUGGUGGCGGUGGAAGCAAUGGGAAAGGCAUUGUGCGGCGCAUCUCGAGCAGGACAUUCUUCGGCAAGGAGCGGGACAGGAGUAAUGACGAAGCAAUGCGAUCGACUGACAGCUUGGCGAGCACUAGCUCAACGGCAAGGCAGGAGACUGGAGCCAAGAAGACAGGUGGGAUGCUUGGCCGAACUGCGACGCUUCCAAAUUGGGCAAAGAAGAAGAAGGGAAACAAGGGCAGCGAUGCUUCCGAGACAAGUGAGGGGCCGCAGGGACUUGCGAGGGCCAGCAUGGAGAGCUAUGCCAGCGUCACAUCUUCGGCCGCCACUGGGCCUCCUCCCCCUCCUCCUGUCUCUGCGUCAUCGCCACCCGAGCCCGAGACGCUGUCUAACUCAAGCAGGAGACUUGGUCUGGGCAUAGCCGAGGAAGAAGAGGAAAGCCAGCAGAGGUCGAAACCUUUGCAUCCACCCAACCUAGACCAGUCCGAAGAGGGCGGCCUUCCUCGGCGCCUCAGCGGUUGGCUGCUGAACAUGAUCGGAAGCGAAGGCGUACAACCAUCACCUGGUCUAUCGGUGUCACCGCCUACACGCCCCGAUACUUCACAGCAAAAGGGCCCUUCCUCGAGCGAUCUCGCCGACACUAACGUCACUUCACCCUCGACGUCUGCUUUGUCGACAAGCCCCACGAGCGGAGCCCGGACGAAGGCAGGUGGUGGCAUUCUGUCGAGUCUUUCGAACACUGGUAGGAAUCGCACAGAUGGAGCGACGGGCGGCGUAGGAAAUUCGGCGAGAAGUGGCCUCGAUCGGGCACUGCGCUACUUUCUCGACUCAGGCGAACAGAAUGACGAUGAGGGCAUAUGGCUCUUGGGAGUGUGGCACGGUCCAAAGACGGACGUGGUGAGCCCUGAGCAACGGCAGCAGCAACAGCAGCAGGUGCAUGGACCAUCGAUUGAGAUCUCUGGGGCUUCACCAAGAGCACCAAAGACGGCUCAACAAGGCGCGUCCAAGGCGACUGUCGGCAGUGAGAGCUCUUCAUCGCCUCUGCAUCAUCACAUGGACCUGGAUGGCGACGAUGAAAGCUCCAACAGCAGCGCGAGGAGGACACGCGAGACGUCGCCCUCGAUUGCGUCGGCGUCCACAGGAGGGAGCCUCGGUCGCAAAGCCAAAAGACCUUCUACACCUGAACCGCAGGUGGAAGUUGACGACGGCAACGAUCACGUCGUCGCUCGCAACCCUCCGACGCCUCAGACCUCGCCCGUACCAGGUCAUUCUCGCAGCAGCAAUGGGACUAGUGCCGGUACCCCUUUCGUCAGCGCACCGACGCGAGGCGCUUCCGCAUCUUCGUCCGUGCACGACAAAACAUUGCCGGCUGGACCGUCAUUCCAGGUCGACUUCUGCUCUCGGGUAUGGUGCACCUACCGUUCGCACUUUGUGCCCAUCGCCCGAGAUGGGUCCAUUUCCUCCCAGGCCGAGAAUGCUGCUGCCGAAGCAGCUCAGCAGGCGGCAGCAAAUGCCGACACGGGUUCUCCAGCAACGCCGAUUGGCGUUCGUACUGGAUGGCUUGGUCGCCGCACGGGAGAGGGCAAUGCAAGUACCGAUGCUCUCGGCGUGAUUGUCUCGCCUUCACAGCAACAGUCUGGGCUUGGCGCAUCAUUGGGCAUCCCCACACCAUCGGGUACCUCUCCGGGCUCCAACAGCGGCGGUGGCAGCCUUGGCGAGAAGAUGGGCAUUCCGAAUCUCUGGGGACGCGCAACGGCCGCAGCGCAGGCCGUCGGGCUGGGAGGCCGAUCCGGUUUGACGACGGAUGCCGGGUGGGGAUGCAUGCUACGAACGGGUCAGAGCGUGCUGGCAAAUGCUCUCAUCGACACGCAUCUGGGCCGAGACUGGCGAAGGCAAAGUGCCGCUCCCGCGCUUUCGAAUGCAGCUCCCUCGAUCGAGGAGGAUCGAGAGGCCCACGACGCUUGGCGGAGGGCAAGGACGGAGUACGCUUCGUAUGUCAGGAUUAUCUCCUGGUUCAUGGACGAGCCCAGCCUGGCGUGCCCCUUUGGCGUCCAUCGCAUGGCCCGAGAGGGCAAGCGACUGGGGAAAGAAGUCGGAGAGUGGUUUGGGCCCAGCACGGCAGCAGGUGCUAUCAAGAAGCUCGUCGACGACUACCCACAUUGCGGCAUUGGCGUCAGUGUCGCCACCGACGGCGCCGUCUACCUCGACCAGGUCAGACAGGCCGCUCAAACGCCUGGCGUAUGGCCAAAGAAGCAGUGGAGCAGACCGGUGCUCAUUCUCAUUGGCAUUCGUCUUGGUCUGGACGGGGUCCAUCCCACUUACUACGAAUCCGUCAAGAAAACGUUCACAUUCCCUCAAUCUGUCGGAAUCGCUGGCGGACGACCAAGUUCGUCGUACUAUUUUGUCGGCUAUCAGGGCGCAAGCCUUUUCUACCUUGAUCCUCAUCAUGUACGAUCAUGCGUUCCGUUCCGCCAUCCACCGCCGUAUGCCGCGACAGAAGAAAAGACGGAAGCGGCAGAGGAGUGGUGGGCGCAUGCGUAUGGUGAGCAGGAGCUGGCCUCGUUUCACUGCGAUCGACCACGACGAAUGCCGAUGAAGAGUCUCGACCCGUCGAUGCUUCUCGGAUUCUUAUGUCAGGACGAGGCGUCGCUCAGCGACCUCGUCCAACGGGUCAAGGAGCUGCCAAAGACGAUCUUUUCCAUCCUCGAGGCCCCUCCCAAAUGGAUGGAAGACGACAUGGACGACGAAGAAGACGAGAGGGCCUUGGAAAGCUUUUCCGAAAGCUCCACCGACGGACGAGACGCGGACGUCGAUAGCAACCUGCACGAUCAGGCAGAGGGAAAAGAGGAAGGGGACGGUGAAAAAGUCGAAAGGGAGACGGAGGACGGUGAAGUUGACUCACCGAUGGAAGAAAACCUUGGCUCCUCGCAUAUGACAGCCACGCCGCGUACGGAGGGCACAUUUGAAUUUGUCAAUGGAGGUGGUCGUUCGGGUGCCUCGCCCCAGAUUUCAAUGCGCAGGCACGACGUGCGACUGGCUUCGAAUGCAUCAAGCAAUCGCACAACAAGGGCAGCAGCCGAUGCGUCGUCUCGGCCGUCGUCUCCCCCGUCGAUGCAACGUUCAGCUUCUUCAUCCACACACCCGCAAGUAGAGCAGUCCCCAAACUUCUCCCAGCAACUACAGCACGAUGAAAGCCUCUCGGGUGCCUAUUCGGUGGUCUCAGACAGCGACGCCGGCUCGACGUGGGAAGAAGUCGACCGACCCGCGGUGCCUUCGUCUCCACCGAGGACCAGAACGCAAGCCACGUUUGGAGGACAGGCACCUUCGUUGGCCGAAUUGGGCAACCACCAUCACCACCAUCAACAGCAACGAUAACUAUAUCAGCAGUAUCAGACUCGCUUCUCUGUAGAGUAUACAUUCGCCAUUCCACUUUACUUUCGAGGAUACCCCCACCUUUCUCUUUCCUCUAUCAGGCACACCAUACCAUUUUCUUUCUUUUUCUCCAAUUGUAUCUCUU